GCCAUCUUGGAGCGGGGCCGGGGCGGACGCGGAGCCGCUGGCGAUGGUGCCGUGACGGUGCCGUGACUCCCCGCGGGGGUCCAGGCCGCCCUGCCUGGAUGAGGGCUCAGCGGCCGAGCCCACCCCCGUCCGCGCGGUGACGGGAGCCGGGCUCGCCUCCCCCUCCCCGAGCGGUGAGGGCCGCCGGGGGGGGCCCGGUGCCCCCUCACCCCCAGCCUGCGGGGCCCCUUUGUUUCCCUGCUGCGGAGGGGAAGGAGGCGAAGGAAAGGGAAGAUGAGCAGCGAGGUGCUGUGGCUUUUCAAGCAGCUGAACCUCCAUCUGGAGCUGGAGGGGCGGUUCCAGCCCCGCGAGAAGGGGCUCAGCCUCAUCGAGGGCGCCGCCGAGAAUGAAAACACUCUGUGUCCAAGACAAAGGAAUGCCAAGGUGGAAGAUCUUUGGAGUCUGACCAACUUCUUUGGAUUUGCAACCGAAACGUUUGUUUUGGCUGUCAACAUUCUGGACAGAUUCUUGGCUCUUAUGAAGGUGAAACCGAAGCAUUUGUCUUGCAUUGGAGUUUGCUGCAUCCAGCUGGCCGCCCGCGUGGUGGAGGAGGAAUGCAAUGUCCCGUCUGCUCACGAGAUCAUCCGGAUCAGCCAAUGUAAAUGCACUGUGUCCGACCUGAAACGGAUGGAAAAGAUAAUUUCAGAAAAGUUGCACUUUGAAUUUAAAGCUACUACUGCCUUAACCUUCUUGCACUUGUACCAUGCUAUUGUACUCUGUCAUACCUCAGAAAGGAAAGAAGUAUUGAAUCUGGACAAGUUGGAAGCACAGCUAAAAGCUUGCAACUGCCGUCUAGUCUUCUCUAAAGCAAAACCAUCUGUCCUGGCCUUGUGCCUUCUCACUCUGGAAGUUCAGACGCUGAAAUCUGUUGAGCUGUUGGAGAUCCUUCUGCGUGUUCAAAAGCAUUCAAAGAUCAGUGAUAGUGACCUACUUUACUGGAGGGAACUGGUCUCCAAAUGCCUGGCAGAUUAUUCUUCUCCUGAGUGCUGCAAGCCUGAUCACAAAAAGCUGGUUUGGAUUGUGUCGAGGCGUACGGCCCAAAACCUACAGAACAGUUACUACAGUGUUCCUGAGCUGCCAACAAUCCCAGAGGGUGGAUGUUUCAAUGGAAGUGAGAGUGAAGACUCCUGUGAAGACAUGAGCAGCGGGGAAGAAAGCCUUAGCAGUUCUCCUCCGAGUGAUCUGGAAGGCACCUUCUUCUUUGAACUCAAACCUAAACCCAAGUGGCAAACCCUCAGCUGUCGGUCUUAGCACCGAGUCUGGAUUGUAUUAGGUUGAAGUUUUGAAUGCAUCAUAGAGUCUUUUGGCAAUAAUAAAUGAGGUGGUAAUCUGUAAACUGUAUUAAGGCAAAACUUGCUGUGGUAUAUCAAUGCUUUGAAUGCCUGCCUUGGUUUUUUUGUUGUUGUAAUUUUAAGGAAUUAAAAAAAAUUCUUUCAGGUCCCCAGAUCAGCAAAAAAAAAAAAAAGUUGUUGUACAGUUCUGUUGUCAACAGCCAUGAAUGUAGUUCUGUACCUGGUGAUCCAAAACCCUCAGCAGUUCAACACCUGAGUUGAUUUCAGGGUCUUGCCUGAGAAGCAUGGAGCAAGAGUGAGCAGCUUUCCUGAGAUUUAAACGGGAAGCUCUUGGUUAAUG